AUGAUGCGCGGCUACAGUGGCGAGCGCUGGGUUGAUCCGUAUGACUACAAAAGAAGAUCGCGUUCAUUGGGCAAUGAAAGUAGUCUUGACGUUCGAUCGAGUGGGCUAACAGCGGCAGGUGAGGACUUUGGUGUUUCGCAAACCGAUGAGCUAAUAAACCGAGGGCUGUCGCUGGCGGGCCGAGGAUUGACGGGCGAUGGCAGUGUUAGUGGGUUAGUGGGAAAGAACUAUUCUACAAGUGAGAUUGAAAGCAGGCGAUUUGAUCCACGCAACCCUCCUGCGGACGGCUCCGUGGAAGAAGAAUUUCAACAGCUUCUGCAAGACAAGACAUACUUUUGGGGUGAGGCGAGGAAGAACCUGCCGAACUUCUCGAGGGAAAAGAAAUGGUCUCUAAUCUGUUCGUUUCGAUCCAAAGAGUCUCCGAACUGCUCUAAUGACUCUUUGACGGCUCCUCUGCUGCGGAAUCAGCUUCUUCAGAAUUUGGACCAGUCGCUGCGAGCGCCUGGAAAUCGUUCAAAGAAUCUGCACCAGCUGGAGAAGGCACUUCGUCAGUCAGGCUUUGCGCAAGCAUUUCUAGCUCAAGAUGGUAUCAAAACGUUGUUUGAUUGCUCGCCCGAUAUCCAGGCCGACGACCAAUACGUCUACCUGCGGUGCUUUAAAACCUUAAUGAACUACGAUCAAGCCAGAUUCGGGAUUUUGAAUUCCCCUGCGCUGCUUAAUUAUUUUUGUGGCCUAGUGGUGGAUGAGAUCACUCGUUUGAGCUGCAAACUGGUCUCAGCAGAAAUUCUUCUUUUGCUAACGUAUGUUGAUGAAGAGAAUGGCUAUGAAAAAGUGUUGAAAGGCUUAAGCGGACAGAUAAAAGGAUGGCUUGAAUGUCUGCAACGGAUUCUAACCACAGAAAUACCAGACGAUAAUGAACCCUUCUACGCGCGGAUCAAGGCUGGGAAGAACAGGAAUAAUUUUGUUCUUACUUCUCUGUUUCUUAUCAACUCUAUUGGUCAGGCACUUCGAAUAAAAGAGCAAAAGAUUCAUUUCGUUAGAAGUUUGAAGGAGAAUAAGAUUCACCAUUGUUUCCAUUUAAUGAAACAACUUCGGGUGAAUGACAUAGACAAGCAGGUUGAAAUAUAUGUGGAGCUCGAAAGAAAGAUUUUGGAAACUUGCUUUGCAAAGGGACAACUGGAAGACAGUGUUUAUGAACCAGCGCUCCAACAAUUAAUAAAUUCUACCAAGGGAACUCUGAUCGAGCAAGACCUAUCGUGUCUUAUCGACUCUUUCAAUCAAAUUGUUGGCUCAAGGACGACCGCCGAGUCAAUAAAAAUCUUCAAAUCGCUGCGCUCGAUACUUGAGUAUUUGAUUGACAACUUCUGUACAAAUGUUCCCUCUCAGCCCGCAACAUUAGUUCAGGAAUCUAUCAACAAGUUCUUGGACAAGCUGGAAUCCGAUGAGAUUGCCAGAAGGGCCAUGAAUGAAAUGACAGAACUUGAAAAUACAAUAAUAUCGUUGCGCAAACAGUUGAGCGAACUUAAGGAGCUCAAGGAUACAUCAAAGGAAAAGCUGGUUAAAGAGCUUAAAUACGCUAAAACUAUCAGUGAGACAAAGGACACAGAAAUCUUAGAGCUAUCCAAAAAGUUAGAAGAAACCAAAGAAUUGAGAAGAAAGGAUGAGAAAAAACUUGAGCAUGCUUUGUCACAGUCAUUGUCAGAUAAGAUAAAAGGGAACUCUCAUUCAGUUUUUGACAAUCUUAAGGCAAGGACUCAGCUAAACAAAACCAAACCAAAAAGAGUACGAUCGAUGUUAAAAAGCCAGCGGCUUCAAUCUCUUUCAUCCUACGUUGAACCUUUGGCGAAAGUUGAUUCAAUUGUUAAUUCGUAUAACAAAGGAAAUUCUCCCGACGAAUGCGGCAAAGUAUCCGACUCAUCAUUUUCGACCUCAUUCGAGGACAGCUUUCUGCAUUCUGACGCUGUUCGUACAGCCAGGAAAGUAUCUCCAGAUUCGGAAGGUGAGUCGCCGCAACAGCUUUCGAAGAAGAAGGUUCGCUUGGGUAAAUCGGUUGAUGAUUUGGAUGGAAUAUCUCGCAGGUCGGAACUCGCGGUUGCCUCACAAAACAUGGCUAUAGCUCCAUCGACUGUUCUCUCGAUAGAAAACAACAAAUCAGCCGUAAACUCGAAAGUACCAGCACCCUUGCCUGUUCCACCGCCUCCGCCUCCGCCGCCACCUCCACCAUUACCUGAGGCUUUCGGGAAAGCUAGCAGAGAGCGGUCAGGCCUUUCUGGCGAGGCAGUAUCGAGUGAUGAUGUUCCACCGCCACCACCGUUACCAGCCGCUCUUCUGGAAUCAAACGUCUCCAAACCUCCGGCCAAGGAAGCCAUGAAACAAAUCCAUUGGGAAAAGCUCGACGAAAUUGCAGAAACUCUAUGGGAGGAUCAAGAACAAAAAAACGAAACUUUUAAAGAACUAGAGAAAAGCGGCAUAUUCUCCCAGAUUGAAAGCUGUUUCAAAAUCAAAGAAAGAGCGGUAAAACCUUUUGAGAAAACCGAUACAGCAGAAAAGAGUAACACUAAGACAUUUCUGCCCAGAGAUCUAGCUCAGCAGUUCGGGAUCAAUCUUCAUAUGUUCUCCCAGUAUUCUCCGGAUGAAUUCGUACUGAAAGUCCUUAAAUGUGAUAUGGAGAUCCUUCAGAACUCAACGGCCCUUGAGUUUUUUACCAGAGAAGAUCUGGUCAAAAUUCCAUCUUCUUUGCACAAGUUAUUCGGGCCGUACAGUUCCGACUAUUUGCAUGAUCGGAAGCCAGAGAAGAAUCCAUCCGAACUCGACCGGCCAGAUAGAAUUUUCCUGGACCUUUGCUACAACUUAAGGGCCUAUUGGUAUGAGAGAUCCAUCUGCCUACUGACUCUCACCACUUAUGAAAGGGACUACUAUGAUCUGGUUUACCGACUUCAGAAAAUUGACGACGUCAUUCAGCGGCUAAAGCACGGGUUUAGGUUUAAAAACUUUUUGUAUAUCAUCGUGGAGAUCGGAAAUUACAUGAAUAAAAGACCAGCUGGAGGCAUUCGGUUGAGCUCGCUGAAUAAACUUGCUUUCGUCAAGUCCAGCUCGGAUAAGAGUGUUUCGUUUCUCCAUUUCGUGGAAAGAUUGAUUAGAGUGAAGUAUCCAGAUCUCUAUGGGUUCACAGAUGAGCUAGGUAAAGUAGAGGACCUCGGAAAGAUCUCGUUGGAUCAUUUAGAACAAGAAUGCAGUGAUUUCCGCACUAAGAUAGGCACUGUCGUGAGUAUCAUUAAGGAGGGCAAACUUUCGGAUCCGGAUGUACUCCAUCCGGAAGAUCUCGUUGUCAAGAAGAUGACUUACAAAGCCAACCGGGCCCAAAAGAAAGCUGAUCUGCUACAGGAUCAGUUAAAAUUGAUCAGCAAUGAUCUCAGUAAGCUCAUGAGAUACUACGGGGAGGACUGCGAGAAGCCUGAGGCCAAGGAUGGCUUCUUCCAAAACCUGAUAGAGUUCUCUCAGACUUUCAGAAAGUGUGCCAAGGAAAACGUAGAGAGAGAAGAAUGCGAAAGAGUGUACGAGCAAAGAAAGAUCAUGAUCGAGACUCGCCGAAGGUCAGUAUCAAAUAACAACGCAAAGCUGCAGGACGAAGAGGAUGCGGUUGACGUCCUGCUGGCCAAACUCAGAGGAGUCGAAAAGAGUUCAGCCCUCGUCAGGAGGCGGAGAAGCACUAAAUAUUUUGAUAUCUCUUCCCAGGGAAAAGAUUCCUCUCAGAAGCCUAGACCGAUUCCUGCAGGCACUAAUGCGGUUUUGCUUGAGAGGACACAUGCAAUGCUAGAAGACAUCCACAACAUCUAG